AUGCUCUCAUCUGCUACCCCCAAUCCUGACAGGUACGUCAGACCAUUCCAAUACUUGAUCCAAUUCCGUAGAGUAAGAAUUCCCGCCAUAUCGUUGCUUCUCCUAAGCAUAGGUGCAACAUUGACGUCGAACGCAGUCUUACGGAGUUUGGCAAUAGUGAAUCUGACGAUAUUAAUAAUAAUUAUAAAUCAUGUAUCUUCGAUUUCGUAUCGUAUCAAGUUAAUGGGGGUAACGGGUCAGAAAAACCUGGUGAAACAUGUCAUCAAGAUCCAGCCUGGAAAUGAUCGGGCCAAAUGGGGGAAACUGGCUGUGCAAAUGCCGAAGACGUGUCUAGGAGCCGAAGACGCACGUGCUCUGUUUGAGCACGUGCAGGCGCCGAGAAAUGGGUGUGCGGGAGCGGGCGGGGGUCACGUGGACGGCGAGGCGCUGCGUCUGCGCGAACUGGUGUGGACGGCACGUGAGGCGCAGAGAGAGGCGGCCGCGGAUGCGACGAUAUAUAAGGGUGCGAGCGAGCGUAGCGAGCGAGCAUAG